AUGCAUACCCAAUCCAUCAUCAUCACCGUUGCUGUUGGCGCUGCUGGCAUCGCCAACUGCAUGCCUGCUGUGGGUCGCCGUAGCCCUCAGUUGCAGCAGGAUGGCUUCAGUGGUGGUAACAACUAUGGUGCGAGCAAGUACCAAGGUGGUGGCUACCAAGGUGGCGGCUACCAAGGCGGCGGACAGCCAGGCGGACAAGGAGGAGGGUUCCCCUUCUCGAUUCUCAAUGGCCUUGGCGGAGGCGGUGGUCAGGGAGGUGGCAUCCUUCCAUUCGGCGGCGGCAGCGGUGGCGGUCCUGGCGGCGGCUUGUUCUCCAGUGUGAGCAACGUCCUUCCACUCGGAGGUGGCUCUGGUGGCGGCCUCGGUGGCCUCUUGAAGCGAGAAGAGCAAAAGGCGCAGAAUGGCCAAGACGACGACGAUUGCAGCGAGCAAUGCGAAGAUUACUGCGACCAGUACUUCGACGGUCAGAACAACAACGGUGGCUGGAACCAGGGCGGCUUCGGCCAGAACUUCGGUCAGAGUGGUUUCCAGAAGCGUCAGACUAUCGAUCGCAUCGCCCCUGGGUUUGGUCCUGGACCAGCGGUCAUUCCUGGCAAUGUAAACCGUCCUGGACAAUACGGUGGUGGUGCUCAGCAGUGCCCGAUCUGGCAGCAGGGUGGCUAUCAGGGUGGUCAAUUCUAG